AUGAGCGGCACCGAUGCCAUGGUGCAAAGAGGCCAGUCUUACGUGGUCGAUCCAUUUGAGCAGUACACACUCAAUGCCCCGCAGUCCCAGUAUGACCCUUCGCGUGCGGCUGCUGUGCACAACAACGUGACUGGCGAUGCGGCUACAGGUCAGGACUUUGCUACAAAUGCGCCAAUGGGCGAUUACAAUUUCCAUGUUGGAAAUGCGGCUUAUAGCCAGAGUCGCCAGCAUUUGCUGCCAAACUCAGAGAGUCAUCUGCAGAGUGACCCAUUCCUAACGCGGGAGGAAAACUCCGAUGCUGCUAUGAGAAACGGUACACUUGGAGGCACAACCGUGAACUCGGCAACUCGUGACCAGCCGUAUGGACGGGCUUUAGACCUGAACGAGAAACCACCAAAGAAGCAUCGCUCUAGCAAAUUCAAAUGGCUAAUGGCUCUUUUGGCAGCGAUCAUUGCCAUCAUUAUCAUCCUUGCUGCUGUUCUUGGCGGUGUUCUAGGAUCUCGUGCUAACGACGAUGAUGACGAUAAGAACAACCAAUCCGUGCCGAGGAGCAAAAUUGGUAGCGGCAACGUGCAAACGAAUGUGGUGGGUACGUUCCCGCAAAACGUGUUCGAUGAUGCAUCAAAAGCCGCUAGCCAAGGUAACACGGAUCCAUUGUCUUACCGUGCAACAGAUCCGUACGGUAAUCCAAUGUUCAUCGCAGAGUCUAACACUGCGGUGCCUUCAUUCGGCGAUCCGGCAGGCAAAUGUGGGAAGGAUCCCUGGAAAGCCUCAAACAACCUCAACAAUGGCCGUCCAGGUCACCCACGACUGAUUGCUCCGAAGCAUAUGUGGGACUGUUUGGAAGACCGGAUCCACAACGAUGCAUAUUUAACGGCCUGGAAUUACACGAUUAUGCAGAACGCAACUAACUACGUCGAUGAGGACCCGGUCAAGUAUGACGUCGAUGGCGGUCUUACACUGUCGGGUAUUUUGGAUGUGUCACGUAUUGUACAGCAGCGCAUCAAAGCAUGGGCGUAUGCUUGGCGCAUGACCCAUGACAAAAAAUUCAGCGACCGAGCCUACAAGGAAAUGCAAGUGGCUGCGGGCAAUACGUCACAGCCAUUUGGUGAUGGUGACAAGCGUUGGAAUCCAGAUCAUUUCCUUGAUACGGCAGAGAUGGCUUCUGCCUAUGCAUUUGCCUACGACUGGAUGUAUGAUGCGUGGAAUGAUCAGCAAAAAUCAUACAUCAUAGACUGGAUUGUUCGUUUCGGUCUUGCCCAAGGCCUUGACAUGUAUAACAAAGGAUCGGCAUGGUGGUCACAGUCAAGCAGUGGUAACGGCAACUGGAACUGUGUGUGCAACGGUGGCUUGGUUUUCAGUGCUCUGGCCAUUCAGAAUGAUGUGCAAGGAGACCUAAAGUCGACCACUGACCAGAUUCUUUCAAAAGCGCUGGACAAUGCGAAGAAUAAUUGCAUGCGUGCAGUGUAUGAGGAUGGUACUUGGUCUGAAACACCCAAUUAUUGGUACUUUGGAACUAAUGCUCAGGCUCGCAUGGUAUCUGCCCUGAUUACCGCAACUGGUUCUGAUCAAGGCCUGAUGGAUCAGAACAAGAACUGGGCUAAGACGUCCGAGUUCCACAUGUACGUGACUGGCAAUGCAGGCAUGUUUGCCUACGGCGACAACGGUCCGAACAAGUUCUCGACCACAGCCAAUCAGCUAUUCUUGUACAGCCAACUGGCUAAGCAGCCGAUGUAUGCUCUAUUCCAACGUGACCGUGCGGACGCUGCCUCCGAUCCACUUAGUAUGUUUUGGUACGACUCAACUCCUCGCGGUGGCUUCUUCAAUGGCUUGCCACUUGACCGCUUUUUUGACAAUGACCAGGGCAGCUGGGUUUCUAUGCGUAGCACGUGGACAGAUAUGUCGGGCAACUACGUCGCGAUGAAGGCAUCAAACAUGACAGGUCAUCAGACACAUGGUGAUUUGGACGCAGGUGACUUUGUCAUUGACUCUCUUGGCACUCGGUUCGUGGGUGAGUACGGUAGUGACAACUACCUGGCUAAGGAUUACUUCGCGUCUGAAGAAGAUGGAGCUACUCGUUGGAAGUACUUCCGUAAGGGCACACAAGGUCAGAACACGCUGGUUAUUGGCAAACAAAACCAAAAUUCCAGCUGCAAGCCAAAUAUUAAAUUUGAAUCUUCGAAUACAAAGCAGAACGGUGAUUUGGGCUUCACGCCUGGUGGUGAUUCCACAGUUUACACUGUCGCUGAUCUGAGCUCUUGCUACGGCAAGCAGGACAACGGCGCUGUUCAACGUGGCAUUCGAUUUGUUAAUGGCCGCCGCCAGGUUCUUGUCCAAGACGAAGUGAAAAAGCAAGAUAAAGAAAUCCAAUGGCGUGUUCAAACUAAUGCAACUGUGACGCUGUCUGAUGACAAGAAGACUGCAACACUCGAGAUCAAUAAAGUGAUUGACCCGAAUGCUUCGAUCAAACAGUUCACAGCGAGCAUUCCGCCAGUAAAGAUGAAGGCGACGAUUCUUUCACCCGAUAAUGCCCAAUUUGAAGCCGGUCCGGCUUAUGAUAAGAAGUCCAAGAUGCCUAACUAUUACUAUGGUGCCGACGCUAUUCCCAAGCAAGGGACGGACGACAAUGGACAUGCCAUUAAUCCAGAAGUCCCUGAUUUGGAAGUGACUGUGCUUUCUAUAACUUUGCCGGGCGAUGUCGACACGAACAUCCAAGUUUGGUGGCAGCCUGAGUACGCCGAAGCGAUCGAUGCGGACAAAAAUCCACCGAAGAGCGUUGCAUUGUCAGAUUGGUCGCUAACUAGUCACUAA